UGUUCCUUGGGUCAUGUGACAGGAAAAAAAAAAAGAUGUAAACAUCACGAAAUCCCUCACAUUGGAAUGAGUCUGUAUUAGUGGGUUAAAAUGACACAUUGAUGUGUGACAUUUACUGUGGCGCUAUCCCAGCACAGGAUGGCUGUGUGUCAGUCUGGCCAGUCCUCGCUGGUACACAGCUUGGCCACACUCCUUCGUAAUAAUGGAGACGUGGUUCUGGACGGCAGCAGCACGCUGACGCUGCCGGCCGCCAGCCUGCAGCAGCUGACCCGGCUGUUCGAGCAGCACCUGCUGCCCAGGAGCCAUCAGCACGGCUUCCUGGCGCUGCCGUCGCACCCCGCAGACACCGUCUCCCUGCUGGAGCUGCAGUUCCUCUUUGACAUCCUGCAGAAAACCGUCUCGCUCAAGCUCAUCAACCCCCCAGGAGUGAAGCUGCAAUCCCCCGUCAAGAUCUUCCCCUUCAAGUCUCUAAAAUGCCUGGAGCUGAAGCGGAUCCCCCCUCACCUCCUGGAGGGUCUCAGAGGGGUCUACUCCCAGCUGGAGGUCUUCACGUGCUCCAAUAGCCUCAGCUCCCUGGAGGAGCUGCUGUCGCUGUGCGGAGGAGAUCUGAGCUCCGCCCUGCCGUGGCUGGAGCUUCACACGCUGAACUUCAGCUACAACGCCAUCGCCUGCCUCGAUCAGUCUAUAAGUUUACUAAAUGUCCUGAAAUCUCUAGAUUUAAGCCACAACAAGAUCCAGGAGUGCACAGAAUUUUUAAAGCCUUUAAGUGAACUGGAGCACUUGAAUUUGGGCUACAACUGCCUGCAGAGGGCGCCAACGCUCGGCCCGAGCGCCAGGUCCAAGCUGCUCACGCUCAUCCUCAGGAACAACGAGCUGGAAACGAUUAACGGUGUGGAGCAGUUGUCUUCGCUCCAGCACUUGGAUCUGGCUUACAACCUGCUGCUGGAGCACUCCCAGCUGGCUCCGCUCUCCCUACUGCACUGCCUCAACACGCUGAAUCUGCAAGGAAACCCACUGUUCUUCCAGAAGACGCACCGCCUCUGCGCCGUUCGCCAUCUAUCCCCGAGAGCUGCAAGCCUCAAAUUGAGACUUGACGACACCCUGCUUUCCUCCUCUGAGUUAGCAGUUUUACCAAAAGCAAGCCAGCUGGUUCAUAUACCAACCGCCCCAUCCGUCAUCGUCCUACAAGAGCCGAGUAACCAGGAAGCGUCCAGCGGAGCCGGGGAUCUGAGCGACAGCAUGUCUGUCAGAGAAAUCGGGGUUUCGCGAUUUCGCAAGAAGAAAUCCAGAAGUAAGGUGAAGGUGCGCAGGGCCAGCAUUUCUGAGCCGAGCGACACCGAUUAUGAGCCCCGCCCCCUGUCUUCUGCAAAUGACUUGGUUCUUCCCCACAAGCAGGAAAUCGAGCGCAUGUCCAGCUUCAGGGAUCAGCUGGGAGAAGACUGGCUGAGGUACCACCACCAUCUGGACGGAGGACCUCCUCCAAUCGCGCCGGCAAGCGUUACUGCAACCCAGCCAGCUCUUACAAACGGCCUCGGCGCCCCCGCCCCAUGUCCAUGGACGGAUUUGGGGCAGGAGACGUCUCAGAUGUCCUCGGUGGAGGUCCUCCCGCCGCCGCUGCUCUCAUCAGAAACAAAGGAAGUCCUCGAAGCAGAGCACGACCUGGAAACGGAGUCCACCCUACAGGGGUUGAGUCAGAGCCACCAACACACCGAGUCCACCCUGGAGAGCAGCGUGGCGGACGCCGUAACAGGGAAGCAGGAAGCGGCCUCGCCUGAGCCCAGCCCGGAAUCCCGGAGAUUGUCCCGGGCCAUGAGCAGGGAGACCAAUCACGAAGAAGAGGAGGAGCUAGGAGUGGACUUGUGUCCCCCGCUGCUCGUCGGGGUCCUCCCCCACAAAAAGGAGAAGGGUAGUUCUGAGGAGAAGAAGGAGGUGUUCCUGUGCGUCAAGCAGCAGCUGGUGCUGGAGGUAGACGUUCAGAGCGGCCGAGAGAGAAACCGGAUGGAGUUGGACAGCCUGACCCGGGUGGAGACUAAUGAGGCGCAGUGGACCCAUGGGACUACGAAGGAGCUGCUUCCUGUUGUGGAGCUGCACUUUGACUACAUCAGCGAGGCAAAGAGGAGGAAGCGCUACGUCCUUCUAGACGACAACCCUCAGCAGGCAGCGCAGGUCUUGAGUGAUGUUCUGUCCCAUGUGGUGGAGGAAAACCAGCGGCGCAAGUCGGAGCCGGACCCUAAAACUGUUUGCUUGCAGUGCCUUCGCUGCAGGUCAGAGUUCAAGCCUCAGGAGGAGGAAGAGGAGGAGGAGGAGGGAGGGGAACGGAGGAGAGGAGCAGAGGAGGAUGGGUGUGGUGAUGAUGACAACACAGGACAAAAAGCUCCAAUCUGUCCUGAAUGCGGCAGCAAUCACGUGGUCCAGGUGGCAGAGCAGGUGGCUCCGUACAGCAGCACCCCCAUCCGCUGCCCAUCCGGACCGGACAGCGAAGACGACCACCUCGAAUUAACCCAGAGCUUUUGCAGCGCCAUCAAGGACGAUUGCACAGAUGCCAGUUUCAGCAACAGCCCCAUCCAGGAGGCCGCGGUCACCACCACCGACCCCACCUUUGUCACCGCCAGGGGAAGCUCCUUCUUCAUCGGGGACGGCCCCGGUGACACCAGCAGCCUCUCCUCCAACACUGAUUGCCAAAGUAAAGAGGAGCUCGCUGGAAGCUACCAUUACACAGUCACAGGGGCGACGCCCCCUUUAGUUCCUCCUACAGGCCGAUCAACACCGAAGGGUGACUUGGACCUUUUUUCGGAAGAAUACGAAACUGUAGAUCAUCGGCUAAAACUCUUCUUGGAUGUGGAGGUCUUCGAAGAGGAAGAGGAGCUUCAUUCUUUCCUUAAGAUGUCAGCUGUCAAAUUUGGGGAGCAAGGAGAGGUUCCUUCACUGCUGGUUGUGUCAAACCGGCGGAUCUAUUUCCUGGAAGUGACAUCAGAUGCCAAAGGGCAGCUCACCGAUUGGCUGCAGAAGAAGGACAGCUAUCCGAUUUUGGAUCUCAGCUACCUGGAGGUGGGGUUGGGCUCGCAGAGCAUCCACAUGGAGUUUGGCGAUGAAGGCGUGGCCUACACGUUGCUCGUGAGGGACAGUGCGCGCUGCAAGCGUUUCUUUGGCCUUUUGACAGGAAUUGUCCGUGAGAUGGCGCACAAGUCCGACAGCAAGCUGAAGUCCAUCUCCACCACGAGGCUGUCGGCACAGCACCACCUCUGGCCUCUCGUGUGCGAGGACAUCCAGGCAGAUGUGGAGGACGGACAGCUACAGUUCUUCUACAUGCUGGCUUUCGUUCUGCAAGACGAUAUCUGGACUCCUCUGACAGUUUUGGCGACUCGAGAGACGCUCUACCUGCUCAGGGAGAGUCACCAAUGGAGGAAAGGAAGCUCGACGGCAGGUGAAAGCAGCGAGGAAUCUCAGACCGGGACUGUCACCGUGGAGGAAACUCUGCCCAUCAGCUGCGUGAGCUCCAUCAUCCUGUGGUUGUCGGAACCGUGCAGGAUGGAUCUAAAGCUCUACGACGAGACUGUGAAACAGGAGAGGAUGUGGUGCAUGCGCUCGGACAGCGUGGAGCUCCUUCAGGGUCUGCUGGCCUGGGUCAGGACACAGUGGGAGGCCAUGUUCGGAGUGAAGCUGCACACAACCCUGCAAGACGAAGCGGCGUCGUAAAAGAAGACACAAAGACUGUGCAUGUCAAUGAAAGAAAAGUUAGCCGGGCUAAAAAAAGGAAAAAACAAAGGUUUAGUAAACUUAAGCAAAUGUGUCUUUAUUUUCUCUCUUGCGCAGUCCGCACUCAGUCUGGUCCCAUUACGCUUGUUGCUUUAAGCCAAGGGCUUGAAAAUGAUUGGACUCAUUCGGGUGGUGCACAAACCUGUAAAAAGCUUUGGUUGCAUCAUUUUCUUUUCCUCCAGAAAAAAGAUCCCGCCGAACUUUUCUACAGCUCAAAUGGAGUGUGCCUUGUUUCUUUAAUGGACAUCCCGUUCUCCGGUUCACCUAAAUGCGUGUCACGUUGUUCCGAAAACAUCUGUAGCAUUCAAGAAAUGUGGAGCAGAUUUGGGUGCCUGGAGUUAGGGGCAUUACACUGAGGAGGGAGCAAACGGGAGGAAUUCUGUGUCAUGCAGUGACCUUAAAUUAAGUAUGGACCUUUUAAUCCCGACAGUACCCCCUCCUUUGUCUCAGCCUGGCUCCCAUUUAAGCAUUACAAGGAGGUCAUGAAGCAUUUUACCACCAAUUAUGGUGUCAAGAGUUUUUGUAAAAUCAUUAAAUACAAGCUUAAAAGUUCUUUUUUUCUUUUAAUAUAAAUCUGUUUUUAAAGUUUGUUUUGGUUUAUCAGGGAUUAACAUUGUAAAGUAUGUCUGUUACAGCUGUGAUUUCAAUCAAAACAAAGCGUAAUUUAUUGUAAAUUUGUCAUUAAUUGAUACAUAAAUCUUGAGUUUUAUUUUUUUAAAGAUGUUAAUGAAUAUAAGUUUCUUUUUGUGUGUCUACUUUAACUCAAAACAUUUCUUAAAACGUCAGCAUUGCAUAUCCUUGAAUAAAGUGAGCUUUUCCUGCCGCACAUUUA